CCUAUUCCUUGUUGAAGGGUGAAAAGAACGCGAUGUUAAAUCAGGCGGUGGUCGAAGCACUUUAUUCGGCGACCUACAUCGAAAACUAUUUGGAUUGCGUGGAAAAUUUACCAAACGACCUGCAGAGGCACGUCUCCCGACUUCGUGAGCUGGAUGCCACUUGUCAAACAUAUCUACACGAAGUGGAUCAGCAACAAGAGUUGUUUCGAAAUGACACAGAUCCUAUAAAUAAAAGAAGAGCAUUGAUGAAAAUACAGCAAGCUCUAAUCGCAGCACAGGAAAUAGGAGACGAGAAAUUACAGAUUGUUCAGCAAGUGCAAGAUCUCAUAGAAAAUAAAUCUAAGCAAUUAGAAGUGGAUUAUCGAAAUUCAGACUUUGGAAAAGAACAAGAAAGCUCAGAAUCAGUCCGUGAAUCAAAUAUAAACAACAAUUCGAAUAAUGCAAGCCAUGCAAACAACUCGGAACGUCAGCCAAAACGUGCCAGAAGAACACGAACAGAAACCUUGAUAGAAUCGGCUCAUUCCAUGGAUAUGAUGGUUGGAAUGACGGAAACAAGAUCUUCGACAUUAUCCAAUACAACCAAUGGAAAUCAGAAAAAGACAGCAGCGACAGCUACUGGUAAAAAGAAGAAGCGAAAAUCUCGACAAGGCAAUCAACAAAACCAGCAUCGUGAGGAUACACCGCCGCCACCAGAGGAUGAUCUUGCUAUAGACCCUGAUGAGCCGACUUAUUGUUUGUGCGAUCAAAUAUCAUAUGGCGAAAUGAUCCUUUGCGACAAUGACCUAUGUCCCAUAGAAUGGUUUCAUUUCUCCUGUGUUUCUUUAACGACGAAACCUAAGGGUAAAUGGUUUUGUCCCAAAUGUCGCGGUGAUAGACCUAACGUCAUGAAACCCAAAGCGCAAUUCCUUAAAGAACUAGAAAGAUACAAUAAAGAAAAAGAGGAGAAGUCAUAACAAGAAUAUUGAAAUGAGCUCCAAUCCAGAGUUUUGUAGGAUAGUUUUAAUUUCGACUGUAGAUUAGAAUUUAAAUU